CAACGCGCACGCGCACACCAUUAACUCUUGUACGUCUUGUCUUUCUUGUUUGCGAGUCGUUUCUUUCUUAUCUUCACGUCUGUAAAGGUUUCCAACACACGUGAAAUGACUUCAGACAAAGGAGCGUUUCAUUGCGACACCGCCUGCUCGUCACGUGACCGUUCGGUGUCUGAGUCUCUAGAUGACGAACUGGACGGGUGGGAAGAAAUAUCUGUCGAUGAUUGUACAAUAGACGAAGGUAGGAAGACGGCAGCAAACAUGAAACGACACGCGCUGUUGGCACGGUGGCACGUGGUUGUCUGCGUUUUGUCGUCACGUGGUGGGCGUGGUCAAGGUGUACUCACAGAGUCGGAAAAAUGGCUGAAGUCUGCGACGGAAAACGACGAACUUGUGAACGUUCUGAAGAGAGGGAAGAAGAGUGGAAAGUCGACUUUGGAUUCGAUUCUGACGAACGAAGCGAACGUGGAGAUUGUGGAGAGAAGCAAAGAGAUGGUCGAGUCGCUGAAAGUGAAUGAAGAUGUGAAGCAGACUGUGAGCAUUCUGGAGGAUUUUAAACGCGAAGAAGGAUACAUGAGGCUUCUUGAAGAAGGCAAGAAGUUGUUUGAGGGUGACGAGGAGUUGCUAUUGAGUCGAGAGCAGUUUGAACGAGCGCAUGUGAUUUUAUGUCAACUGGAGCAGAGUGAGACGUUUGAGAGAUUGAAAGGACAGAUGAAAACGAUGGCUGUUAAGUAUUGUGACGAUGAAACGAUCAGUCAGGGAAAGGAGAUCGUCAAACAUGUGAAAACGAGUGAAACGUUCCACGACCUUGUGACAGAAGGGAAGAGAGUUAUCGCUCGUUUUGCGACGGGAGAAGAGCAAGAUCUGUCUGAAUCAGUCACGGGAUUGGUUAAGCUUGGAGGGCAAGUUGUGAAGCAAGUGAAGGCAUCCGAUGCAGGAUCCGCUCUCUUCAAGAAAGGAACACAAACUGUAGAAAGUCUAGCCGAAGCGUGGAAGGCGGAUACGUUACAAUCUCAAGCGGCCGACAUUCUAAAACAAAACGAGGAUUUCAUCGACGAUUUAAAGAAUGUUGUGUUGCCAUGGAUACGAGAUCAGUUACUUUCUGUAAUGCUUCCCGUCGUGACGGGAUCGAAAGAGACGAAACUAGGAUGCGUCAAUUAUGAGUUGUCAGACAUGCAGCUUAGCAGCCUCGUUGUUCCUGUUGACAACGUGACUAUACGAUGGGAGAAGAGCUGCCUGCAUGUCAACAUCACAGGCUUACAAGCUGCAAUGAAGAGCAUCAAAUGGCAGUACAACAAGCCGACGUUUCCUCAAUUGACUGACGAUGGUAAGGCGGACGCCGGCAUCACCGGUGGCUCCUUCCAUGUUGCUGUUGAGAUAAAGAAAUCAGUAGAGAUAACAGAACUGGCGUCGAGCUUCGCGUCACUCCACAUCGAGAUGAAGGGAACUCGAGCUAGUUGGGUGUACAACGCACUAAUCUAUUGGUUCAAGAACAGAAUACAGAACGUGUUGAAUGAAGAGUUGAACCAAAUGUUGGACCUGCAGGCGGCGACGCUAAGCGACGCUGUCAACAAGUUGGUGAGAAAACAUUUGCCUAAACUUGCAGCAAAACUGACGGCGGUUACUAACGGUGAGAUGAAGGAGAUGCGAGUAGAAAGGGAAAGUUCAAGUGACAAAUUUUGACAAGCAAUAUUCUUUAGUUUUGUAAAGAGAAAAAUGUGUUGGCUUUGAAUGUCAGGCAAAGAGAGCUGAUUUCAUGGUAAUCUUGGCAAAUUUUAUAAUGAAUGGACAGACUGAUGACAGACAAAUAGAUGGGAUUGACGGACAGACAGAUAGACAGACAGACAGACUAGUGAUUUAUAGACAUUUCAUUAGUUGCAGCCUUUUAAUUUUAUUGCAGAAAAUGUGCAUUAGUUUGAUCUCAGAAAUGUAUGAUCAUGACAGACAGAAUUUAGUGCUUAGAUGGUUUAUAAUAGUUCAAUGUUUGAAAAUAUAUGUAUUGACAGACAGACAGACCGACCGACAGACAGACACACUGACAAACAGGCAGAUGAAUGGACAAACAAACAGACACACUGACAAACAGGCAAAUGAAUGGACAAACAGACAG